AUGGCAGAGCUGGAACCCAAAGUGACGGUAGUACGUGAAUUGCAAAAUCAGCAAAAUGCGGCGAAAGAGCUGGAUGAAAUGAUUGCUGAGCAGGCGGAAAGUGAUGACCCGGACGCCACGGAGCUGCGUCGUAUGGCGGAGGAUGAGCGUCGAGAGUUGUUGAUAGGUAUCAACCGACUAGAGAAUGAGGUCGUCCGGAUCAUGCUGCCACGUGACGAAGUAGACGAAAAUAGCUCGAUUGUGGAAAUACGGGCUAAUACAGGGGGCGAUGAGGCCUGUCUGUUUGCUGCGGACAUUCUAAGAUGUAUCAGAAGGUAG